AUGCUUUUGUGGUUGAAACUUAUUAUUCUAGCCAUCGCGAAAAAUUCGAGUGCGGAAUUUCCGCUCUGCAAAUACGAUAAAACCAUCAAUAUUUCACAUGUUAAACGGUUCAAUGAUGCCUAUAUCUAUGAACAUUUCGAAAUUCCUACUAACCUGACCGUCGAAUUCAACUAUCAGAACCUAAUGGGUGGUUCCAAAGUUCCGGUUAAAAGCAAUUUAAGGGCCUGUAUCUGCAGAGUUAGGCCCUGCAUUCGAAUCUGCUGCGCCCGUAAAAAUAUUUUAAGCAAUGGAGAGUGUAAUGAUGGCGUAGAAAAGGAAUUUAAAUUAACAAUGUUGGACCUAACAAAAAUGGAUAUAUUGCGAACGCCAUUAGCGGAGCUGAAUAUGGCACCACAUCAUAAUUGCACAGAAUUAUUUGUUAUAAGGGAAGAGUUUCCGCUAUGCGACGGGGUUGUCAGCCUAAAAAGAGAUGAGUACACGAUGCUAAAGGACGGAUCCAUACUCCUCCACAAAUCUGCAAAAAUAUUGGCCAAUGAUGAAUACUGUCUUUAUCCCGAGAUCUAUUCAGACUUUCCGGAAACCAUAUGGAUUAUUAAUCGAAGGUGCUGCAGAAACGUGUUACCACUUUCAGUAACGAUUAUAUCGAUAGUAUGCUAUAUACUUACUCUGGCAGUUUAUCUUUCCGUUGAGAAGCUUCGGAAUUUACUUGGAAAGUGUCUUAUUUGCUCUAUCUUUUCCAUGUUCAUGGUGUAUUUUAUUCGGAUUUUGGAUCACUUUAAAUUAGUACUCGGCAUUUGCGCUGCCGCAGGAUACAUCAGAUACUACUUUAUUGUUUCAUCGUUGUUAUGGCUUUCUGUGGUCAGCUUCCAUUUGUGGGAACUUUUGACUUCGCUGAAUCGUGACGAGCCACGGUAUCGAUUCCUGAUUUAUAACACCUUUGUUUGGUGUACGGCUGCUAUUCCCACAGGAGUAAUUUUUUCAAUCAACCAAAUAAGGGAAAAUGAUCCAGACAAAUCAGGACACUUGCCCUAUGUCGGUUAUAUAGGGUGCUCUGUUACAGUCUGGAGCUACUGUUAUACCCCGUUAAUAAUCCCAAACACCUUUAGUGCGAUAAUGUUCGUCCUAACAGCCAUUUACAUUUGGAAAGUAAAGACGGAAGUCAAGAGGUUCGCUCAUCAGGACGAAAGCUCUACGACGUGUCUUGAAUUCGAUUUUUAGACUUACAUGCAGUGCCUGCGACUUUUUCUGAUUAUGGGCGCGUAUUGGCUAUUUGACCGACUUGCGCAAAUGGUGGAUUAUCAUUUUAUACAGUGCAGUAUAAAUCGGUAUUUAAAAGCCUACAUAGAUUCCUCCUCCACACUUAAAAUGAUAAUGGAAAGGUAA